AUGUUGGCAGAAACAGCUUUUAUUCAUGAUGUUCCUGUUGCUACUAGAGAGUUAUCGGAGCAACAGAUCCAACGUUUACAAAGACCACAACAAAAUGGUCAACUUUUAUUCAGAAAAUUCAUUAGUGGUGAUUCAAUGUACAAUUUGUCGAGAUCAAGAUAUGGUUCAAAUCAAGUUACUGCAAGAAUUUCACAAGUUAAUAUGAGACCAAAUUACUUUUCUGCUGGUGGUAUGACAGAUGAAAGAAAACGUCAAUUGAAUGAAAAGAUUAAACAAUCAGAAGCAAAUAUUGAAGCUCUUGUUGCACGUAGGGCUCAAAUCAAAGAAGACCUUUAUCAAGUGGAUGAAGAAAGAAGACCAGUAAAGGAAGAAAGAGCAGAAGUUGAAAAAAGAAUCAAGGAUGCAGCACUUGCAAAGAAAGAGUAUGAUAGAUUGGAAGUUAGAAUAAAUUCCUUGGAGGACAAAGUGAAGAAAUUGGAACAAGAAGCUAAUAAAGAUUAUUCUGCUGAACUUGCAAUACAACAAAAGAAAUUGAGAUUAGUUGCAGAAGAAAGAAUUAAAAUUUUGGGAAACAUUUCAAAGGUUCAAAUCAAAUCAACCAAAAUUUCUCAAGCUAUUGCAGUAUUAGAAGUUAAGAAGUUUGAUCAAGAGAACAAGAAGGUUUCAAUUAAGAAAUUAAUUGAAAGUAUUGCUCAAGAAAAGAAAGAGUUAGAAAAACAAUAUCAAGAGGCAAAGAAGAGAUAUCAAGAAUAUAAACAAAGUUCUGAAAGAAAGAGAUUAUUGGAACAAACCAUGAGAUAUACAGGUGAUGAAAAAGAAAGAUUGAACAACUUGAUUGUGAAGUACACUGAACUGGAAAGAUUCACAGAAGUUAGAAUAAGAGACAUGCUUGAAGGUUUAGAAUCUGAAUUGACUUUGUUGGGUACUGGUUCAAAAUCUUCUGUUAAUACAUUAGAAAGAAUCAAUGAACAACUUGAAACAUUGGAUCAAGAAAUUCCAGAAUUGGAAUUAAGAAUCAAACAACAAUCUUUCAGUCUUAAAGAUAUUCAUAAUGAGUGGGAACCAAAAUUACUCGAUAUGGUUCACAAGAUUUCUACCAAAUUUUCAAGUAUUUUCCCAUCAGUUGGUGUUGCUGGUGAAGUUAAAGUUGCUAGAGCUGAAAAAUAUUCCGAUUGGAGAUUAGAAAUCAAAGUUAAAUUCCGUGAUGAAGGUGAAUUAAAAGUUCUUGAUAGUCAUUCUCAAUCAGGUGGUGAAAGAGCUGUUUCCACUGUGUUUUAUAUGAUUAGUAUGCAAGAAUUGACUACAUCUCCAUUCAGAGUUGUUGAUGAAAUCAAUCAAGGUAUGGAUGCAAGAAAUGAAAGAGUUGUUCAUAAACAUAUGGUUCAAGUUGCAUGUCAAGAACAUACUUCCCAAUAUUUCUUGAUCACACCAAAAUUGUUGACUAAUUUGUUUUAUUCACAAAACAUGCGUGUUCAUUGUAUUAUGGCUGGUCCUUGGACACCAAAUCCAACAGAAAAGGCUGAAUAUUUGUCAUUAGGUGCUACUUCUAUUUAUACUUGA